UCUCUCUCUCUCUCUCUCUCUCUCUGUGCCUGCUUGCCAGAGUGUGUAUAUAGAUACGACGAUACAGAAGAAAUGCAACACCCAAAACCGACACCGUCCCCUCGCUCGUUGUAACCUGACACUUGUUCACCCUUUGGAACAGUACUAGCUGACUAGAAUUUCCACCUUGACCACAUGAAGAAGAACUACAGCCCCGCUAAGGCACCCGCCGAAGCUAGCAUGUCAGAAUACGAAAUCUCCGUGCAAGAACUGAACGAUCUGUUAUCAAAUGCCAGUGGGUUCUACAGCCUUCCCACCCAGCACUGUAACGAAGUCUUUCCUAGGAUUUAUGUGGGCAACGCCUUUGUGGCCAAGAAUGUUAUGAGGCUUCAGCGUCUAGGAGUGACCCAUGUCCUGAACGCAGCAGAGGGGAAGUCCUUCAUGCACGUCAACACCAACGCUGAGUUCUACGAAGGCACUGGCAUCACCUACCAUGGGAUUAGAGCCAACGACACAGAGCACUUCAAUCUCAGCAAAUACUUUGAGGAGAGUGCAGACUUUAUGGAAAAAGCUCUGGCACAGAAGGACGGCCGGGUUUAUGUCCAUUGCCGUGAGGGCUACAGCCGCUCCCCGACCCUCGUCAUCGCUUACCUCAUGCUGCGCCACAACAUGGACGCGAAGACGGCGCUGUCCACCGUGCGCCAGAAACGAGAGAUCGGACCGAACGACGGCUUCCUGAGGCAGUUGUGUCAGCUCAGUGAGAAGCUGGCCGCAGAGCGCAAACUUAAAGCGAAAUAGAGGGUCCAGGGAGCAAGAAGCUUCCGUGGAAUCCGGUUGGGGGACAGAUGUUAGGCGGUAAAUCACUGUCAGAUUUAUAUCUUUUUUCCCAUUCAUUUUUAACAUUGUCAGCCGAAUACUCCCCUCCAAAUAGGGCUUCCUAAAGGUCUAAAGAAAAAAUAAUCUGCACGCUGUGUGGUCUCGUACAGAAAUAUGUACUAAUUGCCAUAAUUCAAAACCCAGCAAUGUGUAUCGAUCUCAUAAACAAAACAGUAAAUAGACAUGUUCCUUGAGUCAGUCUUGCUCACUCACUCCUCAGUGUGGCUGAAAUAUGUUUAAUAGCCAUUAAAAAGGUCUUCCAAUUGAUCUAGCUGUUUAGGGGUGAUAAUGAUUUCAAGGCACUUUUCCAGGAACUACCAAUGUCAACUAAUUCCCUGUGACCUCUCUGAAACUUCUCCAAAAAGCGUAGCCAGCACAGGCUCAUUGGGAAGCAUGUAUCUGCUGAGAGCCACUCCUCUAAAGGAGUGCUAACCAGGCUCCAUAGCGCUAUUAUCGCUGAGCCUCUUUUUUUUCUUUCGGUUCUUCAUUCUUCAUUUUGGAAUAUGCAGAUAUCUCAAAGACAACAGAUGGAAAAUGUCUGCUGUUUCUUCCUGAUAGCACUUAUUGUGUUGUAGUUCAAACUCUACAAUUAUUUAGCUGCAAUCAGACCACUUAUAACAAAGGUAUCAGGAUGCAACAGUUUUCAACAAUGUUAAGCAACAGCUUGUUUGUUGGCAGUAAUAAUGUUAGUGAUAAAAGCAAUCUAUAUAUAAUAUUGUUAAAGAUUAUAUUUAAAUUGAUGUUGUUUUAUUUCUGUUGCUGAGUUCUGGACAGACAACUGUGUUAAAAAUUAUUAGUCAGAGGGUUCAAAUUGGCUGCAAAUUUGAUUCUCUUAGCUGAAAAAAAGCACUGUCGAUCAAUGGGAUGUUAAUUGAAGAAAUGGUUAACAAAGAAAGGGUGACAUACCAAUUCCUCACAAGACCUUACCUAGCAUUGAAUCUGUUAGCGAUCAAACCUUAAGCAGCUAUAUAUGCAGGUUUGAAUAUUACGCCCAAAAUCCUUUCCCUUUAAAUCCCCCUUUUUAUUUUUUAUUUGUUUUCUCAAUUUCCAAUGUGUUGCUUUAUAGAAAUGAUAGUAAUUUG